AUAAUAAGUAUACUUACUAGUUGGUGAGGACUAUAAGAUAUUCAGAGUUUAGACAAGGUCGAACUAAUAGAUCGAAUCUAAACAUAAUAAUCAUUUAAAUAAAACAACAUUCAUCUUUAUGCAAACCAAAUAAGAUUGAAAAAUAACUUUAAUAUGUAGGACAAACAUCGUAUUCAAGAAUUUGAAUAUAAAAAUGGUAAUCAGUAUUUGGGUGUAUCUUAUCACAACAAUAAUAACUUUGAUCUAUUUCUAUUCAAAACGAAAAUAUUCUUAUUGGAAAGAUCGAAACGUAUAUUAUAUUGAACCGGAAUUUCCUUUCGGAAAUGUGGGACCGGUUAUAAAACGUCAAAAACCGACUAUAGAAUUUAUUCAAACAAUUUACGAUGAAAUAAAAUCUCGUAAAAAGAUGUUUGGUGGAAUGUAUUCGUUCUUUUCACCGCAAUUUAUACCAGUCGAUUUAGAUUUGGUCAAAUGUAUCAUGCAAAAAGAUUUUGUUCAUUUCCCGAACCGCGGUAUGUUAAUUGACGAAAAGAACGAUCCUCUUAGUGGACAUCUUUUCAAUUUGGAAGACGAAAAAUGGAGAAAUCUUAGAGCAAAACUAACGCCAACGUUCACUUCGGGUAAAAUGAAGAUGAUGUUCCAAACCAUGCUAGAUUGUACGGAGGGUUUGAAUGAACUGUUAGUAGAAUCUGCACGCAAGAAAGAACCGGUCGACAUUAAAGAAACGCUAGCUUGCUUUACAACCGACGUUAUUGGAUCAGUAGCGUUCGGUAUAGAAAUAAACAGCAUGAAAAACCCCGAUUCGGAUUUCAGAAAAUACGGUAAAAAGAUAUUUACCAGUUCAUGGAAAACAAUAAUUAAAUUCUCUCUUCUCCGCUUACUACCAAAAUGGUUGACGACAAUGUUGAAGAUAAAAGUUUUCGAAAAAGAUACAGAAACUUUUUAUAUGAAUCUCGUUAAGGACACUAUAGCUUACAGAGAAAAAAACAACGUUUACCGAAAAGACUUCAUGCAUUUACUUAUACAGCUGAAAAAUAUUGGAAAAAUUAGUGAAAACGAUGACGAUCCGACGCUAAUUCACAAAAAUACUGAAAAUCAACAAGCUUUGACUUUGAAUGAAAUAGCAGCUCAAUCUUUCGUAUUUUUUAUAGCUGGUUUUGAAACUUCAGCCACUACAAUGACUUUUGCUUUAUUAGAAUUAGCUCAACGUCAAGAUAUCCAAGAUAAACUUAGAGAAGAUAUAAACGAAGUACUUGCACGGCAUGAUAAUGAAAUUACUUACGAAGCCAUCAUGGAAAUGACGUACUUAGAGAAAGUAGUACUAGAAACUCUCAGGAAACAUCCUCCUCUAACUACAUUACCCAGGAUUUGUACUAAAUCGUAUAAAAUUCCAAAUAGUAAUUUAGUAUUAGAAGCUGGUACUAGAGUCGUCGUUCCCGUAUAUUGUAUCCAAAGAGAUCCAGAAUAUUAUCCGGAUCCGGAAAAUUUUGAUCCAGAAAGAUUCAACGAAGAAAACAAAAGCAAGAGAAAUCAAUUCGCUUAUAUGCCGUUCGGUGAAGGACCCAGAACGUGUAUAGGUUUACGAUUUGGCAAACUGCAAGCGAAAGUAGGAUUAUGUAGUGUGCUGAAGAAUUACAAAGUUACUUUGAACGAAAAAACCCAGCUGCCUAUCAAAUACGAUAUAGGUUUCAUCGCGUCCGUAAAAGGUGGAGCUUGGCUCAAUCUCGAAAAAAUAAAAUAAAUGUCUGACAAUAAUGAUUGAAGUAAUAAACAAAUAUAUUAAUAAUAAA